AUGGCCAAGGGCUCAAGGAGGCGAAUAGGUACAGUGAGCACAGCGAGGCCGUUCGAAAGGCCAAUGGAACCACGUGUUUUGAAUGGAUGCGGCAUGCACGUCCUGGGCUUCGUGCCGCCCGGUGGCUUGGUCACGACCCCGUUGACGAGCGCCACGUCUGGUCGCCAGGUAACGAAGACGGCUGAGAAGUUGAAGCUUGAGACCAAGGAGAUUGUGAAAGGUCCAUCCUCUUGGAAAAAGGGCAAGCCGUUGUAUGAGCAUGGCAACUAUGGCAGCUACUACAACUAUCGCCACUCCGAGAGCGAUUUCUUCGUCGGUGACCGACGAUUGGCGGCCCUGAGUGAACGCUUUGGGAAGAGCUUCUUGAAAGGCAAAGAAGUCCUGGACAUUGGCUGCAACUCAGGACUCGUGUCCAUUUCCGCGGCACUGGAUUUCCGUGCCAAGCGCGUCGUCGGAAUGGACAUUGAUAGCGGUUUGGUGGACUCUGCCAGACAGAACCUGGCGCAGACCGAACACCCACGUGCCAUCCAUGCGGCAGACUCCCUGGAGUUCCGUGCCGAGGACAUCCUCCACUGCCCGCUGCGGCGGCCACCCGAGGAGCUGCCUGAACGCUUUGAUGUCGUCCUGUGCUUCUCGGUGACGAAGUGGAUCCAUUUCGCGCAUGGUGAUACUGGCAUCCACAACCUCUUCAAGCGCUGCUUCAAGCGAACGAGGCCAGGUGGCUACUUCGUUCUGGAGCCGCAGGAGUGGGGUAGCUACAAAAAGAAACGUCACAUCACCAGAGAGGUCCGGCAAACCGUGUCGAAGAUCCAGAUCCGACCAGAGGACUUCGAAGAGUACUUGGUAAAUCUGGGCUUUGAAAAGGUUGCUGCUAUAGAGCCUCCAGGCGAUUUGCCCAAGAACUUCCAGCGCUUCCUCCGGGUCUUCCGCCGCCCGGACGACGUGCCGGACGCGGCGCCCGACGACGGGGCGCCCGCGGCGAAGGUCGAAGCGAAGCCCCGGAAGCGCAAGGCCGUCACGUCCGAGGCCAAGACACCGAACUUCGACACACCUCGCUCCAUUUCACCCAAGUCGGAGAGCGAUGAAGAGGAUGUACAGCUGGCGAAGCAAGCUCACACCAUCAGGAAGUGGUCAUAUUCAACGCAGGAAGAGGCCUCCUACGCCUUGCCCUUGACAUUCCUGGCAGAAAGUGAGUCCAUCAUUGAGCCAGAAACGAUCACCGAUCAGCGCAUCAUCACUCUGUACAAUGCUUCAGUGGAGCUCACAGAGGUGGGCAUUAGCACGGUGAUGGCCCCCAGUGUGGCGCGGCGCUUCGAGAAUGCUCUCGAGCACAUCAAGGUCACGGAGAACGGCUGCUUCGAGCCCAACGACUUCGUCAAUGAAGAAUUGUUCCAUGACGACUUGUUCUUAGAGGCCAUGGAAGCCUACACCACAUAUGGCAAGAUGGAAUCCAUUGUGUGCGAAAUGCAGACGUUGAUCAUUGACGUGUUGAAGGUCUUGAAUGAUGACUCUGAAGAACGUUUGGACAUCGUCGCCGGUCAGGCCAUUGGUGUUGCGGUGGGUCUUGAAGAGGUUGAGCACAAGACCAACGCGAUCAUGGAGCGAGUCUUUGGGCUCCUAGCAGCGCUGAGUGCUGAAGCAAAGAGCUUCAACUACACCGCAUGGUUGCAAGCCAUGGGUGAGAGCGAACUGGAAGUCACCGAGCUCGUUGAAGAGUUCAUGACGCAGAAGCAGGAGAUUCGAAAGCUUCUCUGGAUCUCCAAUAUCGAGGCGGACGAGUUCCUCAACAGCCGUCUUCUGGUCGCAGCGAUGACGUUUGCGAAGUGGUUCGAGAAGAUGCGCAAAGCUGCAGAUGAGUUCGAGGAGUUCCUCUUGAAGCAAUAUGAAGAAGGAGGCAGCUACGGCUGGUAUCGAUUCAAGCGCAUCUUCCAACAGCAGUCAGAAGAACGAAAGAGGUUAGCUCUUCGUUUGCAAGAGAAGAAAGAAUCAUGCAAAAAGGAAGCGCUGGAGAGCCAUGGAAAGCGUUUGGAAGCUGCAAUCGAAAUGAGGCGAGAGCGUGACGCUGAGAAGGAGUUUGAGCCUCCACCCAGCAGUGGUCUACCCACAGAGCGUGGUCGCCGCAUCCAGGUCACCUCCACUCCUUCGAUGGCUCCUGGAGGCGGCUCGCCUCACCGACGCAUCUCCUUCAACGCCAAACGCAGCAGUCACAUGGAGGAACAGAUUAUGACCUUCCUGGGCCAUGCGAGGGAGCACUUGGAUGAGUUGCAGGCUGAAGCUCAGGAGGUGCGGCACCUGGAGCAAAGAGCCGCGGAGCUGCUGCUUCGCCUCUUAACGAAGAUGCGCGUGCUGGAGCGACGGCGACUGCGGAAGGCAGCGGACAAGAGCAUCUCUCAGCGGGUCAAUGAUGUGAUGCCCGGCCGUUUUGUGGCGAUGCAUGCGAAGAAGCCAUGGCCAGCCAAUGAGGACUUCACGGUCACCAGCUCCUUGUUGCAGCAACAAGCCAUUUGCCGUGAUCUCAACAGCUUGUCAGUCCCUGUGGAGCUGAAAGAUAUUUGGACUGGCGUUGAGGGGAAAUUCUUGAUGAAGAAGAAAAAGAAGAAACCCAAGCCCAAGAAGAACGAGGUGGUAAAGACGGAGGAGAAGGCACCUGAGAUCGCAAGUCCGGCAGUGAACUUGUGGAGUCAAGCACGGGACUCCGUGGCGGUGGGCAGCGCGGUGAAUGCGAUCCAAAGCCUCCAGACGAAGGAAGAGGCGAAAAAGGAGGAGGUGCAAGCACCUGCCCAAGAAGCAGAGAAAGAUGAGGAUGAUGACGAUUUGUUCAACUUCCCUCCCCACUUCUCCUUGGUCGACGUGCAACUUUUGCUCAGCGAUGCCGCGGUGACGCGCACGGAGCGGCUGCGGGAGCUACGGCAGGAGCUCUCGCAGGUGGCGCAGCAGGUUGGAGCCAAGUAUGGGCGACAAGCCUGGGAUUACAACGCGAAAGCCCUGGAAGCUCAUUCCAAUACCAACCCUUGGGCGGUGCUGGUUCCCAUCGUGGAGAAGGAAAUGAUGAAUCUUGGAGAGAGCGGGCGCUUCUUCCUGUCACGUCAGGAUGCAGCCAAUCUCCAAGAUUUGAACCGCUUGAUGCGAACGGUGAAGUCACAGAUGGCCGUGGAGACCUCCAAGAGUCGAAGCCACUUCGAUGAUGAUGAAGAGAGAUGGUCCUUCAUUUCUGAAAUCCAUAUUCGUGCGUUGAUCGAACAGCUCCGGCAAAUGCAUCAGACACUACAAGAUCGCAAAAACAAGGCGGCCAGGUUGGACAUUCGAGCGGAGCUCACCCAGGAGUUGGCUCAGUUGCAUCCCGAGCUGCGAUCCAGCUAUGGCUUGGCACAGAAACGGCCACCACCCAAGAAGCCUGCAAAGGAGGAAGUUGAGCAAGAGGAGGACGAGGAAGAUCGGACAGAUUCUUUCAAGACCUUCCUCUUUGCGUUGAAGUUCAAACAGAAGAUGUCUGAAGCGCAGAAUGCCACCAAGCUGAGAGAAACAAAGGUACAGCUGGACGGAACCAUUGCGAAUGCUCAGAAGAUGAUCCGGGACGGAUUUGAGGUGACGAAAACGUUGGAUUCAGAGAAGGAGGGCGUUCAGACCGAGGUGCAUUACUUGAAAAAGUUGCACAACCGCAUUGAGAUGACGAAUAUGGCGACCUUCCACCUGAAGCAGCUGAAGAGCGAAAAGGCCCUGAUGAAAGCUCGGAAGGAAGCAGGAGCUUCUCUCCCUGGCGCUCUCGAGCCCGCUGGUGAAGCCGGGGGGGCGGUGGCACCGCCCUCCGCGCCAGUGGAGACCGUGUCAAGUCCCAAGCGGAAGAAGAAGGAUGCAAGGGACAGGACCAAGGAUGCUCCCCAGUCGGACGUCAAGGCCAUGCAGCGCCCGCCGGUGGCAGGCAAUGCAGGCAAUGCAGGCCGUCUUUCUGUGCGCAAGCCGGAUCGUGAACAAGAUGGUCAACAGAAGCCGCGAUCCUCCUGGCUGGCCCGGGCUUCGACAGCAGUUGCUUUGGGUAAGACGGAGUCUAUGGUGCCAGAGCGGGGUGCGCCACACAGACAGGGCCGAGAGGGAACGUGCCACAAGACGCGGCAAAACAAAGGUCAGCAACAGGGCCUGUGGGGCCCCUGGCCUUUUUCAAUGAUAAGGGUGCUGAAGGAGAGAUGUCAGGAAGCGAGGAGGACGAAACAGGAGCAGCAAGGAGGCAGAAGGAUGACAAGAGGGGGACUCUGA